AGUCCACUAAACAACUCGCUUUUUUCUCACCGGACCCGUCGGAAUGGGUACCAUGCCCUUACUAACGCCUACUGAAUCGUACAAAUUCCAGUCUGCACUUCUCGACUACUCGAAUGGUAUUGCGUCUCCAGAGUGGACGAUGUACACCACAGACGUUCAGGAAGAAUACUCGGACCGCCAGCUGCCACCGCGCAGAGAAGGCAGCGAGCAGCUCGCAAAGGCGACGAAGGAUCUUAUCUCGCUCGACUCAAACCCAAGCCGGUGGAAUGAAUCCGCGGACCGUGAGGUCUUGACUACGGACCUUCCCGUGACGUCCCCAUUAAACAUGGUCUUCAAGCCGCCCGCCGCACCCACCUCAUAUGCAAUCCCCUCGCCUCUUCAGCGUAUUACCUCUCCUCUCCAGCAACUUCUUGGCGGUCAACACCAACAGGUACAAAGACCUCCGUUGACUGUCACACCGAGCCACACACUCGAAAACUCCGCAGCAUCCGAUUCGCAACAGAGCGUAAGCUCCGUGUCAUCAGACCCAACACCGCCGCCCCCAACACCGCCCGCGCUGAAACGACCGUACCCCUCGUCUUCGGACCUAUCUAAUCUUGCCGGUCCAAGUUCGAGCUCCGACGUUACCACGUCGACGGCUCGACAUCCAUGCAAGAAGCAACGCGGGUCGCCACCGCAUCAGCAAGGACCGGUCCUCAAUGCCAAACCAUCUUUAUUAUCUGCUUCUCAGAAAAAGGCAAACCACAUCCAAUCUGAGCAAAAGCGGCGUGCGAACAUUCGAAGAGGGUAUGAGGCGCUCUGUGAGACUGUCCCGGCGCUGCGCGAGGCUAUUUCUGCGGAAGAACAGGAGCUCGCUGCGGAAGCUGCUGAGAACGAACAGAAGGGAGGGAAGGGGAAGAGUAAGAAAAAGAGCCGAGCGAAACGGGGUAUGAGUGAGUCAGGCGAGAAGAUGGAUGGCCGAGCAGGCCCACGCAGCGAAAAUGUUGUUCUACAAAAAACAAUUGACUAUAUCCAUGACCUACUUGACGAGCGCAAGUCACUUCUGGAUAGGUUAAAUAGUGCUCGACGUAAACUUGCGCCUGAACAUCCUGCUCUUGUUUCAUUACAAUCCGGGAACGCACUGUGGGAACGUGAAUGGACAGGCGGGCAGGGCAUAUUAGAAGAUGAUGGUUCUGACGACGAGGAUGAGUCGUAGUGUUGUUAUCUUAUCAAUUCAUCUCUUCCUUCGUCCUUUCUUGUCUGUCCUCUUGCCGCCUCACCUCUUUGGACCGGUCUAUUUCUUAUUUCGUUGUUGUACUGACGGCUCAACCCUAAUUUUAUGCGUAUUGCAUAUACUGGAAAGGUUUAUCUUUUUUGAAAGUGUUUUUAUACCCUUCCUUCCUUUGAACUUAUAAUUGGUGCUCUUGUUCCCUUUUCCUUUUCUCUUGUGCUUCUGAACUCUACUCUCCUUUUCUUCUCCGUACUUCCAUCCCUUUUUGAUCAUGCCCUGUCCAAUACGCCUGCCCUGGCAUUCGCUCCUUCUUUAAACCUUUUUCAUCCCGGAUUCUGAUGAUGUUAAAAAAGGAAAGCCAAAAGAUGUACUAAUAAAUAUAUGAUCCUUCGAUCUC